AACAUUGGUAAGUUAUUAUUCUCUUCUAAUACAUUUACAAUAAGCUUCAAUUAUUUACAAUAAUCAAUUAUUAUUACUGUAUUAAUAGGCUGAAAUGGGACAACCUGGAGGCUACCCAAACAGGCAACCAAGCUCAAUCCAACCACCAUUGUCUAGCCAACCAUUAAGCUUAAGUCAGCCACCAUUGUUUAGCCAACCAUCAAGCUCAAGUCAGCCACCAGUAUUUAAUCAUCAAGGCAGUUCUAUGUGUUUUGAUUCUUCAGCUGUUAGAAGAGAGCAACAACCUGAUAAAUGCAGAGGCACAUGCAGAGGCAGAGGCACUGGGAGAGGCACUAGGAGAGGUACUGACAGAGGAACUAGUAGAGGCACUGGUAGAGGCACUGGGAGAGGUACUGGCACUACCAGAGAAAUAGGAAGAGGCACUGGUAGAGACAUUGGAGGUGUAUCAAGUCAGCAACCUGAUCAACCAAGGGAUGUGGAAGCUUCAAUAUCAACAGGAAGACAAAAGAGGACCAAGACUAUAGGAUUUGGCAUCUAUACAAAUGCAAGUGGUAGUCAAACCUUUAAUCCUGGUACUUCAGGAGAAAAAGUUAUCAAUCCGAGAGUUUAUAAGGAUGCAUCUCCAACAAAUAUUGAUAUUGAUUAUAAGCCUCGAGGACUCAAGUGGAAUGGUGGAGAUGCUGUCACUGGUUCACAGUUGCAACUUAUCACUCAGUCAAGGAAAAACAAGCGUGGAACAUCUAGUGCACCAAAGAAUGCCUAA